AUGCUCUUGGGGGACUUUAUCUGCCAGCGCCUGAUCCAGCUAGGCACAACACAUGUAUUCGGCCUUCCGGGCGACUACAACAUGCAGCUCCUCGACCACAUCGAGGACACCAAGGACCUGGAAUGGGUUGGCUGCGCCAACGAGCUCAAUGCGUCGUACGCCGCAGACGGCUAUGCGCGGACAACCGCUCGCCCCGCUGCGCUGGUCACCACGUUUGGUGUCGGUGAGCUGUCGGCGCUCAACGGUAUCGCUGGCUCGUUCGCCGAGCAGCUGCCCGUGAUCCACAUUGUCGGUAUGCCCAAGUCGCAGCAGCAGAUGUCGCACCUGUGGGUGCACCACACGCUGGGCGGCUACCUGUUCGACGCGUACAUGAAGAUGUCGCAGCAUGUCUCCUGCGACACGGCGGUGAUCGGCUGGACGAAGCGCGACCUGCAGAACGCCGCGCCGACGAUCGACCGUGUGCUCACUUCGAUGGUGACGACACGCCGCCCCGUGUACCUGGGCAUUCCCGUCGACCUGUUCGACAUGGACGUGCCGACGGAGGAGCUGGAGCGCCCGAUCGAGGCCGUGCGUGAGCCGUACGACCGCGACGCGCUCGAGUACGUGGUCGACGUGGCUGUGCGUCACAUGGAGCAGUCGGAGCGCCCGCUCGUCAUUGUCGAUGGAUGCGUGAUGCGUUUCGGUGCGGUCAAGGUCGUGUACGACUUCUUGAAGCGCACGGGCCUGCCCGUCGUGGUCGCCCCGAUGGGCAAGAGCUUCUUCCCCGAGGACGACGAGCAGUACCUGGGCGUGUACGUCGGCACCAAGUCCAAGCCGGGCGUGCUGGAAGUCGCGCGCACGAGGGACAUGGUGCUGCUGCUCGGCAGCUUUAUGAGCGACAUGAACACGGGCGGCUUUAGCUACAGCACCCCGACGUGCCACACGAUGAACGUGCACCACGGCUCGACCGAUAUCGGCUACUCGCACUACGACAAGCUCGGCUUCUUCGAGGUGCUCCCGGCGCUCGCCGACAGGCUCGAAGGCCAGCGCGAGGCGCGUCUCGCGCACGCGCGGGAGAUGGCGAAGAUUGCGCACGAGCCGCCGGCGCCCACCGAGUCGUUCCCGACGCUCGUCACGCACAACUACUUGUGGCACCGCCUCGGCGCCUUCCUGCGCCCGGGUGACCACCUCAUCGCAGAGAUGGGCUCGAGCUGCUUUGGCGCGGUCGACACGGUCCUGCCGAAGGACGUGCACUACCACCAGCAGAUGCUCUACGGCUCGAUCGGCUGGAGCGUCGGCGCCUUGCUCGGUAUCGCGGUCGGCGCGCGUGUGCUGAACCACGGUCGUGUGAUCCUGUUCGUGGGCGACGGUAGCCUGCUCCUCACGAUGCAGGAGAUCUCGACGGUCAUCAAGCUCGGCCUUACGCCGAUCAUUUUCGUCAUCAACAACGACGGCUACGAGAUCGAGCGUAUCAUCCACGGUCCCGAGCGCAGCUACAACAACAUUGCACCGAUCGAUCACAGCCUGCUCCUCGACUUUAUGGGCUCAUCGCGCAGCCGCCGCUCGCUGCUGGACUCGUACGAGACGGGCCAAAUCGCCAAGGAGCGCGACGAGAGUCAUGCGCACGAACCGCUGCCAUCGCGCAAGCGCUACCAUGCGGUGUACACGCGCGAUGAGUUCGAUGCGCUGCUGAACAACGCCGAGUUUGCGGAAGCGAAGGAGAUCCAGCUCGUCGAGCUCUUCUGCCUCCGCGGCGAUGCGCCAGAGCUGCUGGGGCGCACCGUGCACAGCGAGUCGAAUUAG